CACAAAAUCAACAAAUAUUCAUCGCACAUAAUGAUCUUCCGCACAACUGUUCAACAAUGCAAAGCCGGUGGUUCAUUUUGAUUGCGUUCUUGGUCAGCUCGACUGUUGCUCACACCCCGAAAUUGGACCCAUCAUGUAGCCAGCUGUCAACUACCAAGCGAGCCAGAGAUUGCUGUUCGAUUCCCGUAAUAAUCAAAAAAUCCCUCAUCGAUACCUGUGCCACUCAAAUAGAAAGCAAAGGAUUGAAUUCGACAAAUCCGGAAUAUGUUCAGUGCAUAGCCGACUGUUGCGCCAGAGAGCUGAAGCUGUACAGUAACAACAACAAGAACAGCACCAUCGUUUCGUUGAAUAAAGCUGCGGUAAAAAGUUUCAUGGUUGAAACUGUUGGGGCGGAUCCAAAUUUUGCUCCGAUGCUCGAUGAGUUGUUCGACGAUUGUUACAACCAGCUGAGGCGAGUCCCGCUAAACCAUCAGCGAACUGCGAGUUGCAACUACCGACCGCAGUUCAUGAAAAAUUGCAUCGAACGGGGCCUGUUUAAGGACUGUCCAAGCGCAAGCUCCAUCAAUGGUACCGGAUGUGACGAGCUCAACGAAAAGCUGUUCAAGGGAUGUCCGUUUUAUAUGAUUGAAUAG